AUGGAUGCUUCAAGGUACAUGGAUAAGCAAAUCACCGAACUUUCCAAAUCCCAGUCCCUCAAUUUCUUGGACAGUGAUAAUAAAGAAGAAGAAGAAGAAGAAGAUGGAGAUCAUGGCUUCGAAUUCAACACUGUUCGCUCUCUUUCACAAUCGGACAACAAAUUUCUUGAUGGAACCAACCUCAGGGGUUGGAGUUCAAUGGAUCGAAUUGAUUCUGCAAAAUUCUCUGCUGAGAAUGUUGGGGUUUUCAGCAAUGCAGCAUUGAUUUCCGAGAUCGAUAGAAAGAUGAAGGAGCAUACUGACAUAUUCCUGCACUCUUUAAAUUGUCUUAGUGCUCGAAUGUUGCAAUUGGAAAGUAGAAAGCGCCAAAUAGAAAAUGUUGUUGAUGAUGUAAAGGAAUUGGUGGAAUUUAAUCAAGGGAAAACUGAUGGAAAGCUAAGGGAAUUAAAGAAUAUUCUUGUGGAGUUAGUUAGGUCAGUUUUCUAUUUUGUUGUAGAUACUUGCCAUGUAGAAGCAUCACAGGUUCAAGGUGGUGUCAAUGAUUUGAGAGAUAAACAAGAUAUAGCAGAGGUGCAGCUGCAGCUGGCAAAGCUUCAGAUGUCCAAAAUCAACCAGCAAGCGGAAAAUCAAAAUGCCACUGUUCAAGCAGGUUUGAAUCAAGAAGCAACGUCAUCAGUCUCUCAGCAAUCCCACCAGCUGCUUCCCAUGCCAGCUGCUUCUCCACAACUUCUUGCUCCCUCUUCUAAUGUUACAAGCCUACCUCCUCAGAUUCAUCCUCCAGCAACACCUAUAGCAACAGCACCACAGCUUCCCAGCCAUCUGCUCCAAAACCAGACUGCUAUCCCCUCUGUUCCACAGCAAGAACCUUACAAUCGACUGCUAGUUCCUAUUCCGGAAAGCACAUAUCAGCAGUACCAGGUUCCUCCAGCUCAGCAGUCCUAUAACCACCAACCUUAUCAACCAAUGCCUAAUUUUCCACAAAAUUUACAGUUACCCGAAAUACCUCAAGUGCAACCAGGCUCCACUAUGGUUAAUCCGCAAGUCCCAAGCCAUCAUUCUGAAGAAUUUCCUUGUGUGCCACCUCAUAGCAUCUCUCAACCACCUGGCGGGCCUCCACCUCUUCGACAGUAUAACGUAGGUUCUACUCAGCAGAUCUAUCCUCAAUCCUCAAACAGGCAUUAUGUAGAGUCUAAUUCUGCAAGUUUGCCACCACAAGGACUGCCACUACAUGGGCAAACACAUAAUAUGGACUCCAAUCGUUAUUUUGCUUCUCCAAGCAACAAUAGCAGUUCACCUAUAAAACCAUGGCAACCCUUACGAUAUUCUCCAGUCCUGGGGGGUCAAAGCAGUUACACACAAUUGCCCAUCACCCGUAUACUACCACAUGCUAUCCCAACUGCCUCUAAUGUUGAUGCUGGAUCGGGAUCAAGUUCUGGUGGUAGUGGAAACAGGCUACCAGUGGAUGAUGUUAUAGACAAGGUUGCUGCGAUGGGAUUUCGUAGAGACUUGGUGAGAGCAACAGUGAAAAAAUUGAUGGAGAAUGGGCAGUCAGUUGACUUGAAUGCGGUACUGGAUAAACUGAUGAACAAUGGGUAA